AUGUCGGACUUGAUAGAACUCCAGAGAAACUAUAUCUUGUCGUUUAUCAAUGAGAUUCAGACAGAACACAACCUUAAGUUCUUGAUCAUUGAUGACACCGUUGAUGCUUUGUUGGACAGCCUUUUCGCUGACCGAAGUAUGCUGCUUCGUGUAGUCACGGCAGUCGACAAAAUUGAUUCGUCUAAAAGGAAGGGCCAACCAUCGGUGGAGGCUAUCUACAUGCUUGAGCCCACGAAAUUCAACAUCAACUGCAUAGAUGCCGAUUUUAGCAAUCGGCCGGCAAAGUAUAAACGUGCACAUAUCCGAUUUUUGCCUGGCUUCAAAGAUCAUCUAGUGCGUUUUUUCGACUCCAAAAGAUAUCUUCCUCAGUACAUCAGCACGCUAGCAGAAAUUCAAUGUGCCUUUGUUCCAAAAGAGUCCGUUUUCUUUCAAACCAUGGGAAUUGAACAGUCUUUGCAAGUAUUUUACAACAGGUGCUGCACGGACUUGAUUGAAAGAAGCAUCUCCAAGACAGUGGAAUCUUUACUGAACCUUUGCAUCAUUACGGGAGAAUACCCAACUGUCCGUUAUUCAGAGCCCUCUUCAGAGAUUCAUACAAUCAGCCCGUCUACGUUGCUAGCUAAAAAACUGGCCUUUGAGUUUCAAGAGGCAAUUGACGAUUAUGCCAGAAAAGACGAGAGCUUUCCUCCGCCCUCACCGAGACCUCGCGCUGUCCUCAUCAUCACAGAGCGUUCUUUGGACCCGUUUGCCCUCUUCUUGCACGACUUUUCUUACCAAGCAAUGGCGUACGAUUUAGUUCCAGAGGUAGAUACAAGAACAGACGUUUACCACUACUUUGCUGAGAAUGAGAAAGGUGAGAAGGAAGAAAAAGCCGCCAAACUAAGUGAGCUUGAAGAUCCUGACUGGGCAGAAUUGAGACACCAACAUAUCAUGGAUGCCACUGAAUAUCUCAACGCUAAAGUUAAUGAGCUCAUUGCCAAGAAUCCUCUCUUGGUUGAUCGUGCGAAUGUUAAAAACACAACUGACCUGCUCAGCGUUGUUGCUCAUCUCAAAGAUUUUGAUGAGGACAGGAGACGUAUCACACUGCACAGAACAUUGAUAGACCAAUGCCUUAACGUUAACGAGGAAAGAAGGCUAGCGGAACUUUCUGAUUUCGAGCAGGCGAUGGCAGGCUUCGGAAUGGACGUGGAAGGACAUAGAUACAAGGGAGCUACAGAGGUGCUUUUGGAAAACCUGAUGAGCAAAACGGCAAAUAUAACAGAUAAGAUCCGAUUCAUUCUUGUCUACGCUCUCUUUCGUGGAGGGCUUAUCGAGGACGAUUUCAUCAAAUUGUUGUCGUUUAUAGGCGUAUCUUCCGGUCAUUCUUUUUACAAGCACUUUAUGACUUUAUUCGUCAACUUCCAGAGUUUGGGUUUUAAACUCGUCAAAGAAAAGCCCGGUGAUAAGCCUUUCAAGAAGGAAUGGCAUCAUGAGACAAUUGUAAAUGAUCUCACCAUCUACAACACGUCGCGUUUCAUAAAUGUGGUCAGUAAUAACUUGUCCAAAGUAAUAACUAACCAGCUUCUACUGAGUGAACAAGCGUUUCCUUAUGUGAAAGACAAACCUAUCGAGGUUCUGGAGGAAGAUUCAAUGGACGACUCCUCUUACAGCUACUCAUCCACAUCGCUAAGGAACCCACGACACAAGGCCUCAUGGACUAGGAAAAACACGCAAAACAGGGCUCCAAGACAAAGAUUUUUCUACUAUAGCAUUGGCGGUUUGACCCAUGGCGAAAUAAGAGCUGCCUACCUUCAAUCUCAAUUGAAGAAUAAAGACAUUUUCAUAGGCAGUGAUACAAUUCUGUCACCGUUGGACGUUAUGCAAAGUAUUGAGAGGUUGAGUGAGCCCAGAGAGCAGCUCAAUCUACGUUGUGACCAGAAAACAAAUGAAAAUGCUCCCAGCUUUCUUUUCGAUAGGGCUGUAGCUCCUCCCGUAGCUGCUCAGCAUCUCCACAAGACGUCGAUUCAAAAGACUCCGGCAAAUGCGACGCCUGUCAUGCCAGCACCUCCUCCACAAGAGAAGAAGCGCUCCAAGCUCUCCAAAUUCUUGAGGUCUAAGUGA